AUGAUUUUUUUUGCCGCUGUGAACCUGGCACUGGUCCUGGGUGCAUCUGGCAGAUCAGUCCGGAGAGCUACUACGGACAGCUGUUCUCUUCCAUCGACGUACGAAUGGACCUCAACCGAUUCACUGACGGAACCAGAGUCGGGAUUGCUCUCUCUUAAGGAUUUUAGUCAUGUCCCAUAUAACGGCCAGCAUCUGGUGUAUUCGUCAGAUGUCAAUUCUGCAGAAAGCUAUGGCUCCUUGAAUUUCGGUCUUUUCUCUGAGUGGUCUGACAUGGCUUCGGCUAGCCAGAGCACGAUGAAUACCGGCACCGUGGCCCCUAACAUUUUUUAUUUUACUCCAAAGGAUAUAUGGGUACUCGCCUACGAAUGGGGAUCAAGCCCAUUCAGCUAUUUGACAUCCAGUGAUCCUACAGACGCAAAUGGGUGGUCAUCGCCGCAACCGCUCUUCUCUGGUUCUCUCUCCGGCUCCGACACAGGCCCCAUCGACCCUGCACUCAUUGGCGACGACACCGACAUGUACUUGUUCUUUGGUGGAGACGACGGCAACAUCUACCGCACUAGCAUUCCUCUUGAGGACUUCCCUGGCACCUUCGACUCAACCGUAACCACCGUUCUAAGCGAUACGAGGAACAAUCUGUUUGAAGCCGUUCAGGUGUAUUCCGUCGAGGGCCAGGACCAAUAUUUGAUGAUAGUCGAGGCAAUUGGAGCAAACGGGAGGUACUUUCGCUCAUUUACCGCAACGUCUCUAAGCGGUGACUGGACACCGCAAGCUUCAACCGAGUCAGCACCAUUUGCCGGAAAGGCCAACAGCGGUGCUACUUGGACCGAUGAUAUCAGCAGCGGUGAUCUCAUCCGUAGCAGCGCUGACCAUACUAUGCCCAUUGAUCCUUGCAACCUGCAGCUCCUCUACCAAGGGCGAUCUCCUGAUUCCAGUGGCGAUUACAACUCCUUGCCUUAUCGCCCAGGUCUUCUGACAUUGAAAAACUAA